AAAAGGAGGAAGGAUAAGAAAGGGAGCGGAGCUGGCACCUACGGUGGCUGACGAGGGACGCAUCGAGCCGGAGGCUGCAGGAUGAUGCGAUUCAUGCUGCUGUUCAGCCGGCAGGGGAAGCUGCGGCUGCAAAAAUGGUACCUGGCCACUUCAGACAAGGAGCGAAAGAAGAUGGUUCGGGAACUUAUGCAGGUUGUUCUGGCUCGCAAACCCAAGAUGUGCAGCUUCCUGGAGUGGAGGGACCUCAAAGUAGUCUAUAAGAGAUAUGCCAGCCUCUACUUCUGCUGCGCCAUUGAGGGCCAAGACAAUGAGCUCAUCACUCUGGAGCUGAUCCACCGAUACGUGGAGCUCCUGGACAAAUACUUUGGCAGCGUGUGUGAGCUGGAUAUCAUCUUCAACUUUGAGAAGGCCUAUUUCAUCUUGGAUGAGUUUUUGAUGGGGGGGGAUGUCCAGGACACCUCCAAGAAGAGUGUGCUGAAGGCUAUUGAGCAGGCAGACCUGCUGCAAGAGGAGGAUGAGUCGCCACGCAGUGUGCUGGAGGAGAUGGGUCUGGCAUAGCCCUGCCUGGCCUGGCCGCCUGGAGAUGGGGGAGCUGGCAGAGAGGAGGGUGUGAUGGCUGCUUCUCCUGCGUCUCUCCCAGGGCUCUUCUCUUGGUGGGACCUGGCUGCGCCUCUGCUGCCUCACCUUCUCUUGGAGUGAGCUGUGGGCUCAAGCCCUUCAAACAUUCCCUCCCUCAACCCCUUACCUCCUAUAUCCCCUUUUCCCUUGGAAGGUUUUAGGAGCCAGGAGGCAGGAAAAUGUGACCAAGAUGGGGGUGCUAUUUGGCUUUCAUUCUCUGCCUUUGAAGAACCAAUGUUACCCCAAACUUCUUCCACUCCUUUACAACUGUAAAUAUAUAAAUAUGUCAGGUUAAAGGGAAAAGGUUUUCAGGGCUCUUCUCUUACCCCUGCCCCAUAACCUACCUCCACCCCUACCCCUAGCCUGCCAGGGCAGCUUCUCUGCCUGGAAGGGGGGCUUCCGUGUAGUGAGAGGGAAGGCCUUUUCCCUCACCUGCCCCGCUUCCUCCUUGGCCGCAGUGGGGCCUCUGUCCAGGGGAGGAAAAACAGAGUUAAUUUUUUUCUAACCUUGCUGCUUUGAGGGAAGGUAGAGUUGCGGGAAGGGCGGGCUUUAUGGGACGCUGGCCCUGUCUCUGUUUCACUCCAUGUUGUGGGUGAGGCAGGAGCUCAGGGGGCAGG